AUGGGCUCAACGAUGGUGAUCCUCGUAUCGGUGACAACCAUGGCGAUCCUUUUGAGCAAUGUCCUGGCAGCUCUGCCGAGCCAGUGCAAUCCAGGAUUUCUCGAUGAUCUUCCACCAAGGAUCCGGAAAGUUUGCGCCGCCCUUUCCAGGAUAUACGAGCUUGGUUCGGAGAUGGAGAGUUACAUCGACGAUAAAGAGAGUCACAUAACAGGUUUUCAUGAAAGCAUUCCGUUACUGGACAGCGGCGUGAAAAGACAGGACGUCGAUCACGUAUUCCUACGCUUUGGAAGGCGUCGUUAGCCGGGCCACAAUCGUGUUACGCUUUAAGAAGAUAUUGAACA